AUGCAUGAACAACAUGAUGUUGCAGAUCCAAAUUUAAAUAAUAAUCCAUCACGUAAAAUGGUUCAAUUUAAAGAUACAAUUCUAAUUCCAGCUCAAUCCGCAACAUCAACUAGUCUAUUAACAUCUUCGUCAUCAUCAACUUCACUUACACUUCCAUUAAUUGCAGAAAAAACAGGUGCACGUUUUAAAUUUCUUAUACUUCUUCUUAGUCUUUUUAUUGCAUUGACUAUUGGUUUUAUUCUCAGUCUUUUACUCGUUACUCAGUUAAAUCAUCAUGUACCUAAACAUACAUUAUCAUCUCAACAAUUUCAUUCAAUAUUAUCUAAACAAAAUAUAACGAAUAAUAAGAACAAGAAUCGUCUAUUUGAACAUCUUGAUUCAGUAUGGAUCGAUGAAUUAGAUUUUAAUACUGAUAUUUGUCAUAAUUUCUACAGUUUUGUUUGUCGAAAAUGGUUAACAAAUCAUCCAUUAUCACCACUUGAUUUUAAACGAAGUUGGUUAACAGAAAGAUCACAAGAUAUUCGAGAAAAAUUUGCUUUAACAUUAGCUAAUUUAAGUGAAAUCUGUGCAUAUAAUUAUCAAAUGGAAAUUAAGAAAAAUCAAACUGAAACAACAACCAAAGAAAUGGAUAUCGUUGAUUUUGAAGGAUUAACAUCUGCAAAAAAUGAACUUGAACAAUUUUAUUCAUUUCAUGAUGGAUAUGAAGAUGAACAUCAUAAAAUAGUCAAACGUCAAACACCUUCAAGUCAAAAUAAUUUAUCGCAAUCUAUAUCAAAUAUGUUUCUCUAUUAUAAUCAAUGUAUUCAUACAUCUGAAUCUUUACUUCUCGAAGAAUUAAGGCAAUUAGCACAUGAUCGGUUUUGGUUUACAAAUAAUUAUGAAAUAACAUAUACAACCAAUCAUUUACAUUUUCUUUUUGAACAAAUGAUUGAACAUCCAUUAAUGCAUAUAUGGAAUAUAAAUACAAUAAAUCUUGGUACACAAAUUAUACUUCAUAUUCAAAGAAAAACUCAAGAUCAACAAACAUCUUUUCAACCACAUUAUAUUGAACAAGCUAGUUUAUUUGAACAUUAUGUCAAAAAACAUCAUAUUGAUUUAUGUUAUCAAUCAUCACGUGUUGGUCCUUUAGCAAAUACAUUAAAAGAAUAUAAACAAUUAUUAACACUAUCAUUAUCAUAUACAAAUUCUACAAUAAGUGAUGAUUUACAUAAUUUAUUAGCUGAAAAAAAUUCUUUACCAAUUAUUUAUUCAUCUGUACGACAUCCAAAUGAUUUAGGAGAUUUAAUUCAAUUUAUGUUAGAUAAACAAAUGAUUGAAUCAUUAAAUGAUACGCAUAUUUAUAAUUUAUUAGUCAAUUUUACUCGUGAUUUAGAACAAUCUCUAAUUAAUAUACCAAUAUUUCGUAGUACAAUAUCAUAUCAAUGUCAAUUAUAUCUUAAUUAUUAUAUUCAAUUUCGAUCAUUAAAUAAUACAAAAUUCGAUGCAUGGUUUGAUUAUAUUUCAGCAUCAAUAAUACAUUUAAUUGUUCAUUCAUGGCCAGGUGAUGCAUCAUAUAUAUGUUUAUAUUCUACAAUAGUUCGUCAUAAUCAAUUAGAAAUAAUACCCUACUGGAAUUCAUUUAUUGAAUAUACUAAAAAACAAAUCAAAGAUAUUUCUUCACCAAUUAUAACCGUUGAAAUACGUUUAAUAGAUUUUUUUCAACUUGAUUCAGUAUUUCGAUUUUUAUUUGCUGAUCAAUAUGCACAUUAUUGUAAUUUAAUGGUUUAUAAAUAUGGUCCGAAAUUAUUACCAUUUGUUAGUGUUUUUCAUGAAGGAAUACAAAUCAGUUUAAAAAGUCUUUGGAAACAAAGUUUACAUGAGAAGUCAAUCGAACAAAUAAAUAUUCAAUCAUUAUCAUUACCAUUCAAUCAUAUACCAAAAGAUUGUUUAGCUUUACUUGAAUAUUAUUAUCCGUUUACUUUAUCAUCAUUUUAUGAAGAAUAUAUGUUAAAUAAAACUGAAGAACUUUAUUCAAUAGCUUAUCAACUUCGUGAUCAUCUUAUUUUAAGUAAUUUAAAUAAUCAAUUUUUAUCAUCUCUUCAAUUUCAUAUAAAACCUGAACGUUUGAAAUUAUUUCAUGAUCUUUUUCUAACAACAACACAUAUUCCAUAUGAAUAUUAUUUUAUAGAAAAUAAUUAUUUAUCAACAGCAUGGAAUAUAAUUGAAAGUUCUCAUGAAAAAUUACUUCAACCUACACAUGAAUUUUUUGAAAUUAAUGGUUAUCAUACAAUAAAACAAGGAAUUUUUCUACAACCGACUGUUGCUGAACUUUAUUCAAAUGAAACAACACGUAUAGGUGCACUUUUACUUAUUGCACAUGAACUUGGUCAUGCUCUAUGUCCAUGUGGAAUAAAUUUAACUGAACGUGAAUAUUUUGCUGAUUUAAUUGCAUUAAAUUUACUUAUAAAUUAUCAACAAGAACAAUUAAAUCUAACAACCAAACAAUUAAAUUAUAUAAAAACAUUUUUUAUUACAUAUGGCCAAUCAGAAUGUACACAUAUUAAUCGUGAAAUGAUUUCAAUAAUGAAUAAUGAAUUACAUAUUAAUCGUGUAUUAAAAGGAAAUCAACAAUUUCAAACAAUAUUUAAUUGUUCAAUGAAACAAAAUAAAUAUGCAAACAAAAUCAAUAGUUUAUUACCGGAAAUAUGUACAGCAUGUAGAGAAAAGAAGAAUGAAUUAGUUUCAUAA